AUGCUCAGUCAUCAGACGCUGCCACUGGCCAUCGUCCGCCCCGUGGCUCCGGACUGGGCUGAGUGUGACUUCACUCGAGUCAUGGGUUCUCAAAUCGCAGCGCCGGAUUGCUAUCAGGGCUCAGAAGAGAACCUGCAGGAAGGGAUGACCGCGGUCCCUUACUACCUACGGCGAGGGUAUCCAGGCUCGGAAGCAAGCGGUGCGGUCACGGUACCCAUGUCCUUCACACAAGGUUGGCACACUGCAUCAAGCAAACCCCACGAUGCCAUCCGCGGAAUGACUUCAAGACAAGCCGCAGCCCCAGAGUUCAGUGCACCUAAUUUCUUUCGCAUCGUACCCAACCACAUUCGUGGCAUGGCAGGCUACAUCAUCGACAAAUGCGUAGUCGGAGGAGGUGGCAUCGGUGGUUUUGUCACUGAUGGCUGGGCUUCAGUGACCAACAUGGUUGGAAGUCCACUCAAACGUUCUGAUUUAGCCGCUUACCCCCGCGAUGGCGCCUUCAUCACCGUAUCCGUCACGGUGCAAGGCAAGCGAGUGAGACCUGGCGACACGGAUUCAAAGACAGCCGCUCUCAUCUCAAACUUCGCAGCUACGCGUGGUAUAUCUUUUCAGGACGAAGGGUUGGUAAACUAUUUCGCUACAAUUGCACUCGACCUGGACAGUCGUGCGCAACAUAUGGAGCGAGGUGGUACGCUGACCUUUCGGGAUGACGUGGGUACGGAUUCCGAGAUCAGUGACACGAUCUAUGAGCGUGACAGGCGUCUCGGGGCUCCUUCCGUCGCUGAUUGCGAUCAGUCGGAAUGGCAGGGCUUGGGGAGUGCAGGCCAGAACGUCGUCCUGCAUCCGGGGACCACGAAGUUCUUUUCUUCGAGUAAGUACAUCAUCUCCGGGAAGUAUCUAGACCACAGCACAGUAGUCAAGCUCUCGGCAACCCUGGCGAUCGCUUUGAGACACCGCACCUCCACCGCUCUCCCACUCCUCACCGCAGCCUAUGAGACCCUCGCGGACUUCUGCGUGCAGAACCCCAUCCGGCCGUCCCAAGGGGACCGGGCUUAUUUCUCAAUAUCCCCAACCAUGACAUCCAUCAACCCGUUCCAGCGACGCAAGACGAGGCGAAAGGCACGCGCGGUGUCUCUUUUGGACAACAGUCCGAGGGGCAUGGAUGGGGGUGGGAGGAUGGAGAGGAGAGAUGGGGUGGGGAAUGCGACUGGGUUGAAUGCGUUGCCGGCGGGUGUGAAUGCGACUCUGUUGGCUCAUGACGGCGCGGCUAGCAUACAGUGUGAGUGGGUGCAAGCGCAGCGGGGAGGUGAUGUGGCGAAGUGCCAGACAUCGCAACGAAUGAUGUAG